CAGGGAAUGGACGUACCAGAUGUGACUUUGGUCAUUCAGUGGCGAGCGUCGUGCAGGUUGUCUGCCAUUUGGCAGUGGUUUGGUCGUGCAGCCAGAGACCGCACGCUGGAAGGGACUGCGUUGCUGUUCGCAGAAAAAGAGUAUUUCGAC